AUGUCGUCUUCAUUAUCUCCUGAUCAGUUUGGGAGCGCUCAAUCCCAUAGCUCCCCAGACGGCACUGCGACCAGCCAAGAUCGCAGUCCGCUGAAUCUGGGCUUUCUCAAAUCUUUGACCGAGAAAAGAACCACACGAGAUGGCAACCCUGCCAAACGCCGUGGUCCAAAGCCUGAUAGUAAACCGGCCCUCACUCGCAGGCAAGAAUUGAACCGACAAGCACAACGGACCCACCGCGAACGCAAGGAGCUCUACAUCAAGGCGCUUGAGGACGAAGUCUUGAGACUGAAGGAACUGUAUAGCAACGUUUCGCAAAGCAAAGAAAAGCUGCUGGCUGAAAAUAGACACUUGAAAACAAUCAUGGCUCAGCAUGGCAUACAGUUUCCACGAUCCGCCGACCGGGACGACGGAGGCAGUCCCGGCGCAGCGGGUGCAAGUCCCGGCAACAGCGGUGCUCCGGGUUCUUAUGCCUCAUUCUCUCCGGGGUCACAAUCUGGGGCUUCAACCGGCCAUUCCACCAAUUUUCAACCCAUGACCGGCCAGCAGAUGCGGGGCGUGGUACAACAGUCUGCAAACAAAGGCGUCGAUUUUGAGCAAGCAGGCAUUGAUUUCGUUUUAACGUACGAUAAUCCCGCUUCUUCGAGGGCCUACUUAUCACCUCCCCCACAUUUGCUAACGAUUUCGGUUUUAUCCGGCCUAUCGAAUAGACUUGAGAAGCCUUGCAUGCAGCACCUUCCGUUCCUUACCGAUAGAUCGGAGGGCGGUGAGCCGUGUGGUCACGCCCUCAUGGCCACCUGUCCGCCUGCGCCUUUUGGCAAGUUGACGCCCAAGACACCAUUUGGAAACAGUCACACGCACGACCACGGAGAUGGAAGCAACCCAGCUCAGGGAACUUGGGAGAUUAGCAAGGCUGAUCUGUCCACGCUGCUUGAUUUGAGCCAACACCUCGAUCUUGAUGGGGAGAUUACUCCUGUCAUGGCUUGGGGGAUGAUUCUGAGUCAUCCACGAUUCGCCGACUUCCAGCCUGAAGACUUUGCAAGGAUUGCUGCAGAGUUGGGUCGCAAAGUGAGGUGUUAUGGAUUUGGAGCUGUCAUGGAGGAGUUUGAACUGAGAGAUGCCUUCGAAAGCGUGCUUCCCUCAGGUCUGGAGCCAGAGAUCAUGGCUCACUAG